UUGGUGUGUGUCGAAGAAACCUGACUGCGACCUGAGGAGAACAUCGGAGAGGGUCCACUGGCCUCUCGAGAGGUCCGCUGAGCGGGCUCGCGUCCGGAGCCACUCCGGGCUGCGGAGCUCCCAGUGGAGCCCACGCCUGGCCAGGUGUGGGACCCCUUCCUUCCUGUCUUCGCAGAGGAGUCCUCGCGUGGUGAGUAUGCGAAAUAAGCGGGUUUUGAAAACAAAGAGAAGAAGGGGUGCAAGAGGGGGCCAGGAUCCAGGCCUCCACCCCCCCAGAAGUGAAGCAACACCUGGGAGGUCUCCUCCCACACCAACCGUCACCCUGGGUCCCGACUGCCCACCACCUCCCCCUCCCCCUCCCCCCAACAACAACAACAACAACAAGCCCAGCGGCCACAAGAGCCCCUGCGUCCCAAACAUGGGGGAACGCAGGAGGGAUGAGCUCUCCGAAGAGAUCAACAACCUGAGAGAGAAGGUCAUCAGGCAGUCCGAGGAAAACAACAACCUGCAGAACCAGGUGCAGAAGCUCACAGAGGAGAAUACCACUCUCCGUGAGCAAGUGGAACCCGUCCCUGAGGAUGAUGAAGACGACAUUGAGCUCCAAGGUGCUGCGGCGGCUGCUGCCCCACCCGCUCCAAUUGAGGAAGAGUGCCCAGAAGACCUGCCAGAGAAGUUUGAUGGCAACCCCGACAUGCUGGCUCCUUUCAUGUCCCAGUGCCAAGUCUUCAUGGAAAAAAGCACCAGAGAUUUCUCAAUUGAUCGUGUCCGUGUUUGCUUCGUGACAAGCAUGAUGACCGGUCGUGCUGCCCGUUGGGCCUCUGCCAAACUGGAGCGAUCCCACUACCUGAUGCACAACUACCCCGCCUUCAUGAUGGAAAUGAAGCAUGUCUUUGAAGACCCUCAGAGACGAGAGGCCGCCAAACGCAAGAUCAGACGUCUGCGCCAGGGCAUGGGCUCCGUCAUYGACUAUUCCAACGCUUUCCAGAUGAUUGCCCAGGACCUGGAUUGGAAUGAACCUGCCCUGAUUGACCAGUACCACGAGGGUCUCAGCGACCACAUUCAGGAAGAGCUCUCCCACCUCGAGGCCCCCAAGUCGCUGUCGGCGUUGAUCGGCCAGUGCAUUCACAUUGAGAGAAGGCUGGCCAGAGCUGCUGCUGCUCGCAAGCCACGCUCCCCACCCCGGGCGCUGGUGAUGCCUCACGUGUCAAGCCACCACCAGGUAGAUCCCACCGAGCCCGUGGGCGGUGCCCGCAUGCGCCUGACCCAGGAAGAAAAGGAAAGACGCCGUAAGCUGAACCUCUGCCUCUACUGUGGAAACGGGGGUCACUACGCCGACAACUGUCCUGCCAAGGCCUCAAAGUCUUCACGCGGGAAACUCCCCGGCCCCGCUGUAGAGGGACCUUCAGCGACCGGGCCGGAAUUAAUAAGGUCCCCACCAGAUGAUGCUUCAUCUCCACACCUGCAAGUGAUGCUCCAGAUCCAUCUACCGGGCAGACACACCCUGUUCGUCCGAGCCAUGAUCGAUUCUGGUGCUUCUGGAAACUUCAUUGAUCACGAAUACGUCGCUCAAAAUGGAAUUCCUAUAAGAGUCAAGGACUGGCCAAUACUCGUGGAAGCAAUUGAUGGUCGCCCCAUCGCAUCGGGCCCAGUUGUCCACGAGACUCACAACCUGAUUGUCGACCUGGGAGAUCACCGCGAGGUGCUGUCCUUUGAUGUGACUCAGUCUCCGUUCUUUCCUGUCGUCCUGGGGGUUCGCUGGCUGAGCACACAUGACCCCAACAUCACUUGGAGCACUCGAUCCAUCGUCUUCGACUCCGAAUACUGCCGAUACCACUGCCGGAUGUACACUCCAAUACCUCCCUCGCUCCCUCCACCAGCACCACACCCGUCACUCUACUACCCAGUCGACGGAUACAGAGUUUACCAACCAGUGAGGUAUUACUACGUCCAGAAUGUGUACACUCCAGUUGAUGAGCACGUCUACCCAGAUCACCGUCUGGUUGACCCCAACAUAGAGAUGAUACCUGGAGCGCACAGCAUUCCCAGUGGGCACGUGUACUCCCUGUCUGAACCUGAAAUGGCAGCUCUCCGAGAUUUCGUGGCGAGAAAUGUGAAGGAUGGCCUGAUUACCCCGACCAUUGCACCCAACGGAGCCCAAGUUCUCCAGGUCAAGAGGGGGUGGAAACUGCAAGUUUCUUAUGAUUGCCGAGCUCCAAACCAUUUCACCAUCCAGAAUCAGUAUCCUCGCCUAUCGAUUCCUAAUCUGGAAGACCAGGCGCACCUGGCAACCUACACCGAAUAUAUUCCUCAAGUACCUGGAUACCAGUCCUACCCCACAUACACCACGUACCCGACCUACCCAGUAGGAUUUGCGUGGUACCCUGUGGGACGAGACGGUCAAGGAAGAUCUCUCUACGUACCUGUUAUGAUCACUUGGAAUCCACACUGGUACCGCCAGCCUCCGGUGCCGCAGUACCCGCCGCCGCAGCCGCCGCCGCCGCCGCCGCCRCCGCCACCGCCGCCUCCAUCUUACAGUACCAUGUGAAUUCCUGUCAUGUCCCUUCAAGAUCUCUUCCCUCAAAGAUGAUUCCUGUGUGAGCUUCUCAAUCAGUGACUGUGUGCUAAAUUGAGCUACUGUAUCUUCAAGCCACAUCCUCUCUGAAAGGCUACAGAAGGUCAGGGCCACCCUGAACUGGCACACAUCUGAAAGCACCAGAAGACCUUCAAAAUAAUAUUUACCAAGAAAUUAUCUCAGUUCUUUAACCUUGACUGCCAAUUAAAAAGUUUACUUUCCAAAGAGGUCUGAAACCUCUGUCACCAUCUAAAUUAAUGGCUGCCAAAUUUCUUUACAGAGAAGCUGAUGCAAACACAGGAAAUGCUGAUUUCUUAAGGGAGGGGGAGACAAGGAGGAGGAGGACAUGACCCUUCUUGCAGCUUCGGGACUCACAGGAGGACGGAGGCCUUAUAAAGGAAGCCACAGUUUUUGGUGCAGUGAAGAAAGGCUUCCGUGAUCCUCUUGCUGCACCCUUAGAAACUUCACCAUCUUCAAACUCCACUUUCAUGGUUCCGUUAAUUCUCAAGGAGCAGCAAGUCGACUGGUUCUCCCAGAAGCAGGCAAACACCCCUGCGACAUGUAACAC